AUGUCGGUUCAGAAGAAGGAGAUCCUCGUUGCCGUCGUCGGUGUGGGCCUCGUGGGUGGAGAGCUGAUCGGACAGCUCCUGUCGAUCCCGGCAAACAGGUCGCCUUUCAAGCUUGUCUCCCUCACAUCGUCCAAGACGACCCUCUACGCUUCCCCCGAAAACCCCAUCUCGGCUGAACAACUCACCACAUGGAAGAGCCAGCUUGCUGCUUCGAGCGAUAAAGCCGAUUUGAACGAGCUCACCAGCCGGUUGAAGGCCUGGUUGACUGGUGAUCGCCAGGUCGUCGUUGUCGACAAUACUUCCAACGACGAUGUUGCUGGAAGGUACCCUGAAUGGCUGGCAGCUGGCUUCAGCGUCGCGACACCCAACAAGAAGGCGUUCUCUGGAGACAAGGCUUUGUUCGACCAGAUCGUCAAAGCUAGCCAGCAAACUGGUGCCAAGUGGUUGAACGAGUCGACCGUUGGUGCCGGAUUGCCUGUCAUCAACACUUUGAAGGAGAUGGUUGCUUCUGGUGACAAGGUCAAGAAGAUCGAGGGUGUCUUCUCAGGCACUAUGAGCUACAUCUUCAACGAAUUCUCUACUGGCAAGACUGACGGCCCUGCAUUCUCUUCUGUCGUCGCCGUUGCACGCGAAAAGGGUUACACUGAACCACACCCAGCCGAUGAUCUCAACGGCUACGACGUUGCCCGAAAACUCACCAUCGUCUCACGAAUCAUCUCCGCAUUCUCCAGCGAACCCACCAACCUCCCCGAGCUCGACUCUUUCCUCUCUGUCAAGACCCAAUCCUUGAUCCCAUCCGCCCUUGAAGGCAUCCCAACAGGCGACGAAUUCAUCGCCCGGCUCCCCGAAUUCGACUCUGAAUUCGCCAAACUCAGAGAAGAAGCCGCAAAGGAAGGAAAGGUCCUCCGCUUCGUCGGUGUCGUCGAUGUAGAGAACGGACAGGUCAAGGCUGGCCUUGAGAAAUACCCUACUACUCACCCAUUCGCUACCUCGCUCGGUGGUUCAGAUAACAUCAUCAUGUACCACACAGAGAGGUACAGCCCUCGGCCUUUGAUCGUCCAGGGCGCUGGUGCUGGUGCUGCUGUGACGGCUAUGGGCGUCCUCGGGGACCUACUCAAGCUCGCUUAG